UUAGGGUUACACAGUGCGUCCAUUAAUGCCGACGACGAGGGUGUACAUCGUGCGCCAUGGGGAGACGGCGGAGAACAGGAAUGGGAUCAUGCAGGGCCAGCUGGAUAGCAAGCUGAACGAGGUCGGGGUGGAGCAGGCGAAGAUGGUGGCGGGGGCGCUGAGGGAGGUGCCGUUUGAGAGCGCGUAUAGCAGUGAUUUGAGUCGGGCGGCGGAUACUGCAAAAACGAUUCUAUUGUAUCAUCCGGGGGUGGAGCUGAGGAGGGAGGAGGCGCUGCGGGAACGGCAUAUGGGAGAGCUGCAAGGCAAGCCCAUCAUCGCCAGGAAGAUGGCCAGCGCGCCCGAUGCGCUUGAGGACAUGGAAACGUUCACGGCGCGCCUGGUGUCGUGGUGGGAUCGGGCAAUCGUGCAAGCGCCCGCACGCGAUCACGACCGGGACGUCCUCGUUGUCUCGCACGGCGGUGCAAUCGGGGCGCUUGUUCGUGCUCUAAUUGCGUCCGGGAAGGUCAAGUGUGGCGAGGGCGUCGUGAUUUGGAGGGUCCCGAAUGUUUCUGUAACGCUGAUUGAAGUGGACGAGGAGGGGAAGGGCAAGGUGGUCAAGUAUGCGGAUAUUUCGUUCUUGGAGAAGCAGAUAGAGGAGGCCCUGGUAGAUAAUCCGGACGAGCGGGCAGCAUUAUAGAGUGGUUUGUAGAGCAGCUGUAGUGUAUAGAAUUUGUAUAGACCCCUGGAGAUACAUUAGUCUCAGAUAGACGCCACAUUUGUUGACGAC